AUGAGCAAGCUCACAAAGAUUCCAUUCGAAAAAUUACAAGUUUUAAAGCAAAUGUACGGUGCAGAUCGUACAUUGAAUUCAACGACAGUAAAUGCCAUUACAAACAUUCUCAAUCGCAUCAAAAAGACACCGGAGCUUGAAAAGCGAGUUGAAUUUUUAAGUUUGGAUGACAAUUGGAGCAGAAAUGGAACAAUUUUAAUUAAAAAUGAAUCGCGAGUUUAUUUCAAUACUCUCGAAAGAACACCUUAUCAGAGCAUAAGGUCAACGCUUGAUGCUUUGGAUGUCGAAGAUGAAAUAACAUUUGUAUGCAUAUCUGACAAAUUCCGAACGAUUUUACAUGACUUUUUAUGGUACAAUAAUUUAGAGAGAAUUUUCGAGGAGGGAACCAGUGGAUACUGGAUGUCAAACAAUGACACAAAGUCAUUGAAAAUUGAAAGCCUUCCAGAAAAUUACAUCAUUAAACCAUUAAAUUCAAAUCAUGUCGAUGAAAUAAAUAACGAGAGUCCACGUGAUGGCGGUGACCAUUUAAACUACGUUAAAAAUUCAAUUGAACACAAAAUGUCAGUCGGAAUUUUCGACAAGCACACAAAUGAGCUCAUUGCAUGGUGCUUUCAAAUGGAUUAUUGUUCAAUUGGAAUGGGUGUCGUAAAAUCAUCAAAAAAGCGAACUGGACUUGGAAGCUAUGCUGUUAAAACACUACUAAAGAGAAUGGCGAAUGAUAAUGAUAUGGACAUUACAUGGCAUGUCAUCCAUGGACAUAAAAUAUCUCAUAAAUUUUGCCAUAGCAUUGGAGGAGAAAUAUUCGAUACUUUUACAUGGCUGUCAGCAAAAAGGAAAGUCAUUAAGGGUGCAUCGAGAUUUGGGCUAUAUCAGCUGAUUUAUUGAAUGGAUUAUUAUGUUUUAUGGCUGUUGAUGGACAUUUCAGUGACGAUAUUGCACAAUUUAUGUUGAUAUUCUCGAUUCGUUUAUGGACAUUUAAUCUCAAGUUACAUGCUGAUAAUUAAAUUUUGUAGAUUCUCACUACCACAACUACAUUUUUAGCUCAAUUAUUCUUUGCGAGAGAGUUAAAUUCUUUCCAAAAACUGUAAAUAAAAUAGAGAUAAUAAAUGCUACUUAAACAUGUGUAGG